AUGGAUCCCGUCUCAGCGAUCGGAUUAGCGUCUGGGAUCUUGACCUUCGUUGAAGCAGGUCUCAAGCUCGUAAAAAUAGCCUACAACAUACACAACUCUCUGGAUGGUGUCCUAGACAACAACAGACACCGCGAAAGUGUCACCAGCGAAGUUAGCAAAGCAGCUUUGAGGCUUGAAGUGGCAGGCAACGCCCGUUUGACUCCCGAGCAAGAGUCACUUUCGGAUCUUGCCAAGAAGUGCAAGGCGACUUCAACGGAACUAGUCAAGGCCUUGAAUGAAGUCAAACCAAAGCGGAGCUCAUCCAAUCCCUUCAAAUCGUUACGAUAUGCCGUCAAGACGAAUCUCAAGGCAAAGGACAUAAAUGGCCUGGAGAACCAGUUGAAAGACUACCGUGAUCAGCUCAUUCUCGCACAGGUUGAAUUCUCAAGAGUUGAGGCAGCAGAUGGCUUCAGUGAACUGAUCUCACUUGCCAAAGAGAACGAGGCUACGUUGAAAAGUUUGACUCAGGCCAUAGAGCACCUGCGCCAAUCACAAAUUUCCGCGCCUGAUUCUAUUUCCAACACACAUGCUUGCAGCCAGUUUCAGCGGCUACUGAUGGUCGACGACGAGACCCGUCGAGCAAUGUAUCAAGAUCGAGUUCUGGAAAGCCUCAAGUUCGAUGAGAUGCAUCAGAGAUUUGACGCAGUUCACAGUGCUCAUGAAGAUACGUUCAAAUGGAUUUAUGAGCCGAUUGAAACUAUUGAGGAAGAUGAUGACUUGUCUCUCGAGGAUGACAACUGGUCUGACGUGGAGGAGCAUGGCUUGACCUACGAGGAACGAAUACGACGAGAGGCGCUUAAGGUAUUGGCAGAAACAUUGCAUCAACGGGCUGAGCUGACGGUUGUGCGCUCCAUAGAUGCAACUCGAAUCAAGACAGAAAUUCUUAGGGUGGCUCUUAUCAGAAGAGACAUUAUCGCCAGUACAAAGAAGCUAGCAUUCACUUCGUUCUUCUUUUGGCGGAAUGGCUCAAAGGCACAGAAAUCACUGGAGGGACUUUGUCGCUCAAUACUUCACGACGUACUUCUAGAAAGGCCUGAUCUCAUACCCGAGGUCGUUCCUGGCCACUGGAAUCAAGCGAAACAAACUCCCUGGAAGGUUGACAACCGUCAAGAAAUCCCAUCGUCUGUCAUCAAGGAUGCUCUGGGAAGACUCCUUCAAAACGAUAAACUGUACCAGCAACACAAGUUCUGCAUCUUUAUUGAUGGCCUCGACGAGUUUGAGCCUGGUGUUCAAGAUGGAUUGGAUUACAUUGACUUAGUCAAUGUCCUUAGGCAAUGGACGAUUCAUGCCGGCGGGAACCUAAAGCUCUGCCUUUCAAGUAGAGAAGAAGGUGUAUUCAUGGAUGAAUAUGCUAGUGACCCUAGCUUCCGGCUCCAGGACUUAACCAGAUUCGAUAUGCAAAAUUAUGUCCGCAGUCGCCUGAGCAACCUAAAGGAUGAAAACCUAAAAAGCGACCUGGCUACUGAAAUUCCUGAGAAGUCGUCAGGGAUCUUUCUUUGGACCUAUCUUGUUGUGAAAACGAUACGCAAUAAAAUGACACACAGGGCCACCAGCGAGACGUUAAGGAAACACCUCAACACUUUGCCUAGAGGCCUCGAGGCACUCUUCCAUCAUAUCCUUCAGCAACUUGAGCCGGAUGAUGCGAGAAAGACACUCCGAAUUAUAGAUUCUCUCCAAACUGCCAAAUCGAACUAUAUCGAGCUGCCACUACUCGCAUUCCCCCUUAUUGAUAGAUACGAUAAAGAUAAAGAGUUCUCGUUACGCAAAGGUCUUGAAGAUGAGCCUACCCCAGACGAGAUAAUACUCCAAGCACAACUUCGUGGUGCCUGCGGUGGCCUGAUAGAAUGCCAUGAGGGUAAUCAGUAUGAGAGAUUGCAGGUUCUUGAGUUUGUUCACCGAUCAGUCCCCGACAUGUUCUACAAGGAUACAAAAGGCUCAGAGUUCUCUAUGCAAAUGGAAGCUGCCCUUGAUGGUACGAAUACUAUUGAUGUUGUCUCUCAUCUUUGCUUUGCCACUUUCCGGCUUUCGGGGCAAACAGGAACAGGCGACCUAGAAAGGUCUGUCUGCCAAUCGAUAGUACUUAUGCGAUUCGAAGAGAAAAUCGACAAGCCACCGUACUCCUUCCCGGAGUAUAUUGGUUCAUGGGCCAAUGAUAGGUGGCUGGACGACAAUCAGGCAAAGUGGCAAUUCUUCUUUUCUCCCUUCGCCGGGAGUUCAUAUCUAUACAUCAGACCUUAUGGAGCGCCGGCUAUCGGUAGUAACAACCCGAGACAACUCUAUAACACUAUGUGUCUUGCAGCGCUUUCUGGUCAUAUCGAUUACAUUGAGUGGAAAAUCGUUAAUGAUGCAAAUGCUUUGAACAACGCGGCCAAGAGAGCCUUUGUUGGUCAUUUCAUUCUCAUCUCGAAGCAUUGGGAAAUGUUUUUCGAGAAAAGCAUCUUUACAAUGGAUCCCAGAAUACCCCUGGUUCCAUCCAUCGCAAUACAAGAUUGGAGUAAAUGGGUGGUGCCGGACCCAGUUACCUUGUCGGCCUGGCAAUUCUUCUUGACCUAUAUCAUUUUGAACGUUGGAUCGUAUUUCGGCGUCGCUAGGGACGAUGGAAACGUCAUAGAACGAUUUCUAAGACAAGGGGCUGACUCACAUUGCCGCAUCCUGGUUGCAUAUGAAGAAACCAGAAUAAACAUGACAAUUUGUUUUCGAGAAUCAAGGACUUGUCAUGUCAUCCCACGCGACCCUGUGUGGGUUUUAUUCGAUUACAGUGUAAAAAAGGUCAUUGGAAGAUGCUUGACUUUGAGGGGAAAGCCCCUAGUCGACUGGGGCAAGAACUUCACAGAAGAGUUCUUACUUCGGGAGUGGAUUGCAUGUACCGACUGGCCUAACAAGGACACGUUAUUGGAAUUGCUGGACUGUAAUUGUGAGUAG